AUGAGUAUAAAUUUAAUUGAAAAUUUAUCUAAUAAAAUAAACUGGGACUUUGGCUGUAAAGCCAUCAUCAUUCUAUCAGCAUUGGAAUUGGAUUUAAAUUUUAAAAAAGUGAGUUCCGAAAAUAACAUUAUAUCUACCGACGAGCUGGCGCUUUUAGGAAAGCUGGAAGAGGCUAAUAGGCUGAUUGAAUCAGAUGUAAAGUCAUGUAAUUCAUUACAAAGUAAUCACAGCAGAAAAAGUUCGGAAUCAUUUGCAACCCCGGCGUCGGGUUCUAGCGGUGAAGAUGAAACCGCAGCCCGGCGCCACACCCCGACUGACGGCGAGGUUGAUGUGUGGAAGCGAUGGGGUCACAUAGUCGCCGACUGGGAAAAUUAUUGGAGAAAACACAAAGAUGUUAUCAAAGAAUUGGUCAAGCAAGGAAUACCUCAUCACUUUCGAGGUAUCGUAUGGCAGUUGUUGUGUGGAGCACACGAUUCACCGGUUAAAAAACAAUUCGCUGAAUACAUUAAAUCGACAUCAGCAUGCGAGAGAAUAAUUAGAAGAGACAUUGCACGAACAUAUCCGGAACACGAAUUUUUUAAAGAAAAAGAUGGGCUUGGGCAGGAGAGUUUAUUUAAUGUUAUGAAGGCAUACAGUCUUCACGAUCGUGAAGUCGGGUAUUGUCAAGGAUCUGGUUUUAUUGUUGGUUUACUACUGAUGCAACAAAUGCCUGAAGAAGAAGCUUUCGCUGUUUUAGUAGCUCUAAUGCAGGAAUACCGUUUAAGAGAUAUGUUUAAGCCGAGUAUGGCCGAACUCGGUGUUUGCAUGUAUCAAUUAGAACACUUAGUAGCAGAUACGUAUCCGGAAUUAUCAGCUCACUUUACAGCUCAAAGUUUUCAUACAUCAAUGUAUGCUUCUUCAUGGUUUCUUACAUUAUUUACAACGGCAUUAACUCUGCCUCUAGCCUGUCGAAUUUUUGAUGUUUUUUUAAUGGAAGGCAUGGAUAUUAUUUUUAAAGUCGCUCUGGCUAUGUUGGAUCUGGGAAAGGAUGAUUUACUCAGUUUAGAUAUGGAAGGCAUGUUAAAGUUCUUUCAGAAAGAAUUGCCGGGCAGAGCUGAAAACGAUCCAGACGUACUGAUGAAUUUGGCGUAUGGGAUGAAAAUAAAUCCAAAGCGCAUGAAAAAGUUAGAAAAAGACUACACGGUAUUGAAAAUGAAGGAACAAGAGGAAAUGGUUGAACUGCGACGACUGAGAGCUGAAAAUCGAUUAUUGAGACAGCGAACAGAGCUAUUGGAGGCUGAGUCUGCUGAACUAGCAGAUAAACUCGUUAGGGGUCAAGUAUCGCGCGCUGAGGAGGAGGAAACGACUUUCGUUGUGCAGAGAGAACUAGCGGCUUUGCGACACACUCAUCUUGAGACAAGCCAUCAACUAGAGCAGGCUCACGAGGAAUUGAGAUCGCUAUCGAUGCUUUUGGAAGAAAAUAUGUCGUCUAAACAGUCGUCUAUCGAUGAAAUGAGUUUAAAGGCCGAGGCAUUGUCACAGAAAGAAGAAAUGGUUGAGUGUUUGCAGCAGGAGUUGGUGCGUGUACGGCUGCAUGAAGCUGAGAAAGACGCGACUAUCAGGGAUUUGAGAGCCAGGAUACAGGAAUUGGAGCAAGAUAAAAAAACUUUACGUGAAUCAACCCCGGAUAAUUCUGUCGCUCACUUGCAGGAGGAAUUGAUAGCUGUUAAACUGAGAGAAGCUGAAGCCAAUUUGUCAUUAAAGGAUCUCCGGCAAAAAGUUGGAGAGUUAAGUACUGCCUGGCAACGACAUUUACAAGAACACCGGUCGGCUCAAUCAACCCCAGCUGCUGACUCGACGCCGAAAAAAUUGCUCUUUUGGGAGAACCGUGGACAUGAAAUACAAAAGUUGGAAGAAGAUUUGAUGUCAUCGCGUUUACGUGAGAUGGAAGUACUCACCGAAGUCAAAGAAUUGAGGCUAAAAGUUAUGGAGCUUGAGACUCAGGUCCAGGUUGCGACAAACCAACUUCGUCGUCAGGAUGAGGGUGAAAAAUUAAUUCGCGAAGAACUUGAAAUAUCCUCCGCUAAAAUAAAGGAAUUGACUAGCAAGCUGCGUGAACAGAUGCACAAAUAUUCCGACUUGGAGUCCAAGAUGAAGGACGACACGAUGAUGGCUCGAAUCAGAGAUGCUGAACACGCUCAACAUGUCGCUGAAUUAACGCAAAAAAUAUCCCUACUCGAGUUAAAGAACGAAGAAAUGUAUGCAGAGGGUGAAUUGAGAAGCAAUCUAGAUGACAGUGAUCGAGUACGUGAUUUGCAAGACAAAGUUGCUGAGCUAAAAGCAGAGUUCCCCACGCCAAUAACCAGUCCAGAGACAGAGCCUUGGCGGUGGCUCGAUCUGUUUUAUUGUCCAACGUCAAGGAUCAUGAGAUUGAAAAAUAGCAAAUACCAAUGGACUGGGUCAACGGAACGAAUUGGACGAAAUACUAGCAUUGAUACAGACAGUGAAUUCGACGAACGAGAUCUGCGAAUUUGUCUUCAAGAUCAACUCAAUAAUGUAACGAUAUCCGAUUCAUCGAGAAAUUAA